GAAGAGCUCCACCAGGAAGAGCUGCCGCAAACUGACACGUGGACUUUGUGUUGCACAAAAUCCCCUGCGGAUCGCUGCCAUGGGACUUCCCUCCGCUGCCCGCCGCCUGCCCGCCUCGGCCUGACCCCCCGCCUGUUGCUCCGGGGACUUCUCCAGCCUUCACGCCAGCAUCCCCCUGGGCAGCAUCCUUGUGCUGCAGCAGCCAGCCAGCCGAGCCUGCCACUCAAGAACCAGCUACAGAUCUUUGAAUGGCCUCAAGUGGCAGCAAAAAUGCUCUCCAGGUGUACAGCGCUUUGCACCACUGCCAACCCCAGCAGCCUGGGAAGCCUCCCUAUCAGGAAGGCAUGAGAAAAGAUGGGACUGCGGAUUGCUACUGGUCCAGGCCUGAAUCUCGAACCUGGACUGUGAUGUUACUGCUGGGGACUUGCCUCCUGUACUGUGCCAGGGUGACCAUGCCCAUCUGUGCCGUGGCCAUGAGCAGUCACUUUGAGUGGGACAAGAAGCAGUCUGGCAUCGUCCUGAGUAGCUUCUUCUGGGGCUACUGCUUGACUCAGAUUGUAGGCGGGCACCUCAGUGAUCGGAUAGGAGGAGAAAAAGUCCUUCUCCUCUCUGCCUUCGCCUGGGGUUUCAUCACUGCUAUCACCCCGCUGCUCACUUACGUCAGUUCUGCCCACCUGAUUUUUAUGACUGCCUCCAGAUUCCUCAUGGGACUUCUGCAAGGGGUUUACUUCCCUGCCCUAGCCAGCCUGUUCUCUCAGAAGGUCCGAGAGAGCGAGCGAGCUUUCACGUGCAGCACGGUGGGGACUGGCUCCCAGUUUGGGACGCUGGUGAUCGGUGGGGCAGGGUCCCUCCUUCUGGACUGGUAUGGCUGGGAGAGCGUCUUCUAUUUCUCCGGGUUCCUCACUUUGCUCUGGGUUUACUGCAUGUGCAAAUACCUCCUCAAUGAAAAAGGACUCAUCAUCCCUUUUGAGUCUUUAGCGAAGGGCCUCUCAUUAUCCAAACGCACCAAAGUCCCAUGGAAGAGGCUGUUUAAAAAGGCCCCUAUAUGGGCUGUCAUCGUAGCUCAGCUUUCUACCGGCAGCACGUUUUUCACCCUUCUCUCCUGGUUGCCAACCUUCUUUAAGGAAACUUUUCCUGAGUCCAAGGGCUGGGUGUUUAACGUGGUUCCCUGGCUGGUUGCAAUCCCGACAAGUCUGUUCAGCGGGUUCCUCUCUGACCACCUAAUCAGUCAGGGGUACAGAACGAUCACUGUUCGGAAGUUCAUGCAGGUCAUCGGCUCAGGAGUAUCGAGCCUUUUUGCCUUAUGCCUGGGUCAGACCUCCAGUUUUUGCAAAGCGAUAGUAUUUGCAUCUGCCUCAGUUGGUCUUCAGACCUUUAACCACAGCGGCAUUUCUGUCAACGUGCAGGAUUUGGCGCCAUCCUGCGCUGGCCUGUUGUUUGGUGUUGGAAAUACUGGUGGAGCCCUGCUAGGUGUGGUUUGUGUGUACUUAGCCGGACAUCUCAUUGAAACAACUGGCUCUUGGAUUUCUGUUUUCAAUCUCGUGGCUACGGUUAACAUCAUUGGACUCUGCACAUUCCUGAUUUUUGGAGAGGCCCAACGGGUGGACACUGUCUCUGCAUACAUAGAUCUGUAGUCCCUGUCUAGAGGAGCUUAGCAAAUGACGGCCAUCAAGGAGGUUUCAGAGUGUUGUAUCUAUUUAUCGCAGCUGGGGAAGUGAUCCUUUGCCAAAGAAAUGAUUGUUUCUUUAUACAAUUUAACAGGAAAAAACAAAACAGAACAGAGAGGUAAUAUUACGAGCCUGAAUGAGACCUAUUGGAGGGGAACCCAGCAUUAAAGUUUUGCUUUGGGCUCUGCCUGAUGGUCUUCAGAGCCUUUUGCCUUUCUAUCACCCAUGUGAGUUUGACCCAUGCCACUGGUGACUGAGGAAAGUAGCUGCUGGCUCAUGGUAAAUGAGCUGGUAGCUUCAGUCUGGUUCCUAACGUGGCAAAAAGCACCACCCCACUUGGUGUUUAAUGGUCCCUUUGGUGACAGAAUCAGCCAGGGGAGAAAGAGCCCUUUGAGAGCAAACGGCUGUCAUCCAGGACCGAGCGGAGGAGUCUGAACAGAGUGGGAAUCACAUCCUCCAAGUGUCCGUCCUCGGCUGUUCUGGACCUGAAUGAAGGACUUUAGUUUCCAGGGCUGCCAGUCGGUAUUUGGCACCAGCACUAAAUGAACUUAAUGAUCCAAAGGACUGGACCUCAGCCCUUAGCUCGCCCUUGUAUGCUGAAAUAUUGCACCAUGCACAACAGGGACUGCCAGAGCAUACGAGAGAGCGGGUGAAGAGCCAGAUUAUGGCUUUGUCCAUUCAGUGAAUUUCCGACACAACGUCCAUUGCGGGCAAUGGACGCACAAAGUCUUCUUCGAACUGUUUAGCCGUACGCUGUGAGCGUAUCUGACGAGCGGGUCCAUUCUGUACUAUAGAUGCAUACUAUCAAGCGCCUUCUCCUUGAUUAAGUGUAUUCCCCGUUUGCAUUCAGAGUUAUUCCAAAGAGACUGAAAAGUGUUUAUAUGGUAGGGCUUAUUUCUGCUUCUGAAUCCUUACCAAAGGGAGAUAACUAGCCAUAGAUGCUUUUGAACCUGAAUAUCUCAAUUAUUAUUAUUUAUUCUAAAUGCCAAAAAGACAUUAAUCUAUUUGAUGCAUGCAAAGGCAGAUUUUGCACACCCGGUUGUGUAGAACGCCUAUUAAAAGUCAACAGUGGUUCAGGAAAGAAAGGCUUUAAACACCCUGCAAUGUUGCUCUUGUAGGACCUCUGCUACAUAUGAGAGUUAAUGCAAAAUCAUUAAACCUUUUCUGCACAUGCCCCAUCCUAAGAGCUUAAAAAGUUGCAUUUGUUCAUCCUCCGUGUGUGUGUUUUUGAGGUUUGGAUGGUGUAGGACCACAUCUUCCAAGGCAUUUCACUCUGGCUUUCAUCUUCAGGUCUCUGUCAGAUUAGUUGUUAGUUGGGAAGCUCACAGCUAGGUCUCAGUCUGGUGUAAAACAGCAUUGUUUCAGGGUGCAGAAAAGUGACAGUUGAUAUCAAUUGCUGAUCUGGCGUUCGCUGUCCCAAUUCUGCACUCAAAAAAACCUAUGCAUGCCAAAUCUGCUCAUCCAGAUUUUUUGCCCCCUCCUUGUGAAAUUUCUGCUCAGAACAUAUUUUACAGCCAAGUUAAAUGUCUAAAUACAGAGAUUGCUAAUGAAAAUCCUGACAGCACUUUUAACUACAGAGAUGUCAAUGGGUGCCACUAGUAUACUGUGAGCUUUUAGCUAUAAUGCUGUAUCAGCAGAUAACGGAGCUGCCAUCCAGUGUCAUCCCGGCCAUUUAUAGCAUGCUUGUGACUGGGGUUUGAGGCCAGAGAGAUGAGCGCUGUCUUUCUUGUGUGUUUUUUUUCUCCCCUCGUGGCAGGCUGCUGAUGUACACCAGUUGCCCCAUAUCCUUGACAGAUGAACACUGCUGGGGGUGUUUUAAAACUGGCAGGAAAGUGAAAGGUGAUGUGGUGGCUAUUAAACAGACCUUGCAGAAGAGACCACAGGGCUGAGUCUUUGAGAUCAGACUUUUCUUCUCCGGUCAAGCAUUUUGCUAAAAAUGAAGCGGGAAAUCACAAAAUGCACCCAUUGUUGCAUCCUACGUUCCCAGCCUCGUGGGGCUCUUUGGUGUUUGAGUAGGCCCUGGAUGGCAGUAUUGUGAAGAGCUUUAAGGAGAUCUUCACUUUUAUUCAAUAUAUGCUAGCCAGAAAUAUUGCUGUUCAUGGCCAAGACCUCAAAUUAGCCUUUUAUUGCUUGAGAUUCAAUAUGUAAAUCAGGAAUGGUGUCAGGUUUGAACUACUUACAGAGAGGGUAGAAGUGGGAGACAUGAGAAAGUUUAUCAUCACAUAUAACUUUGCAACAUUUUAGUUAAACUCAUACAAACCCUUGUGUUUCGCUCUUCUUUCAAUUCAGUUUAGUUUAAAUCGCUUAGGGAUGGGCAUCACCUAGCUCAAUAUCCUGGAAGAAGCCUAGUUUAAACUGAAAUGAGUCUUCCCCAUGCAGCCUUUUGCACAUGUUAAACAAGAUCAGUGUAAAGCUAUGCUUUAAUUGCAACCAAGGCACAUUUGCAUGCGAGCAAACCUGAAUUUCCCAAGCUCUGGGAAAUUUUCAAGAUGAGACCUUAGCAACAAAACCCCAAAACCAAACUAGCACUGCUGGCUGUGCCAUCUUUAGUCUUUUCAUUGGCAGCUGACAUUUUGGUAGGUAAUCUUGGAUUAUCAGUCUGUAUAAAUAUACUGCCCUGGUAUAUCAUAUAUCUAAAGGGGGUUUGAUGCAUAUAUUUCAUGCAUUUUGGUAAGGUAUCGACACCAUUUUUACAUGGUUGUAUUUUUUUUAAACAAUCUUGCCAAGUCUUGCUUGUUUGAUGUUUUUUGCUGCAGUCAGAAAGACCUAUAAAUAAAGGAAGCCAGUCAGCUGGA